AUUUGUGGCUCCGGUCAAAUGAUCCGCUUCAGCGAUAAUUCUCGUGUUUAACGGGUAGAAAUGGAUGUUACCGGCAGGCGUUUACUGGUUUUACCGGGCCGAAGGAGCAGUUAAAUGCAGGAAGUGUUGAAAGAAUGCUUGUUUGAGGAUGGAUGGACGGAGACAGCAGUACCACAGAUACUUCUCAGUUAGGAAUAACUGGAGAGUAUAUGACCGGAGGGACGUAUGUCUUACAGACCCAGGAUGAUGAUGGGGAUGAAAGUUUUAAUGACCAUGAGGAUGGCAACGGAAGCAAAGACAAUUUCCGAGAGCAAGACAUUUACCUCCCCAUCGCUAAUGUCGCCCGCAUCAUGAAGAAUGCCAUCCCGCAGACUGGAAAGAUAGCCAAGGAUGCAAAAGAGUGUGUGCAGGAGUGUGUAAGCGAGUUCAUCAGCUUCAUCACAUCUGAGGCCAGCGAGAGAUGCCAUCAAGAGAAACGCAAGACCAUUAAUGGAGAGGACAUCCUGUUUGCUAUGUCCACUCUGGGUUUUGACAUGUACGUGGAGCCUCUUAAAGUCUACCUGCAGAAGUUCAGAGAGGCAAUGAAGGGUGAGAAAGGCAUCACUCCGGUUUCAGUCAGCGAAGGCCUUGGUGAAGAACUAACAGAUGACUCCUUCACCGGACAGUUGCCUGCAGGACUGAUCACUGCUGAUGGCACGCAACAGAACGUGAUGGUAUACACCACCUCAUACCAGCAGAUCCCUGGCGUUCAGCAAAUACAAUUCUCAUGACUGAAGAACAGGCCGACUAUAUCUAGUGGCCUGUCCAGUUUCCAGACAGACUUAUCUCUUGCCUUGCACAGUGUUCAGGUCAGUGCUGGAAGACCAAGAGAUGCCUGGUUACCAGAGCAGGAACAAAAGUGCCUGUUGCCAGGAGGCUAAUUUGAUCUUAAGUGAUGUCUUGUAAUUAAUUCAGUAUUAUAUUUAGACCAGUGUGUUUUGAUUGGUCUGCUUGGUACAGGGCAUACCAAAUUGUGUUUUUGUUCUUAUUAGUUUUUUUUUUUUUUUUUUUGGUAUUUAAUAAUUUUUAAAGUUUGGGAUGGGGCAGUGGGAAGACAAGGCCGUAUUGACCAUUUAAAUACCCACAAGUAAGGGAAUUCUAAUUUGAUGUCAUUUGAUCUUAAAUAACCUCAUUAACUGACAUUGUUAUGCUGAGUCUUUGAAUAAAAAUGUGAUCUGUCUUUGUUUGAAGGUUGUUCAGCAUGUCCUUUAAAAAGUAAUUCAAAAGUCUAUAUUUAUAUAUAUUUAAAAAAACAUUUAUAGAAAAUAAAAAAAAUGGUCAAGAUCAAAAUUCAUUUGAAUGUAUGGAUUUUAUUGCAAUGCCCUUUUUAGUCAACUUUAGCUUAUACAAAAAGACUUAAGAGAAUGUGGCAAAAAUAUAUGUUUGACUUAAAUGUUGUGGAACAAAUAUAAAACAAAACAAAAAAACAGUCAGUUCAAAAUGAAUGGAAAAUUGGUUUAAAAAUGGUCAAAUAUUUUCUCAGAUAAUUUGCCAUCAAGAAAGGGCUCUAGGUGUUCCAGAGAAUGCACACAUAGUGAAUGUGUAAGUGUCUGUAAAUGAAGAAAUAGAUGUUUUUAAGAGCUCAGUUUGAAAUGGUGCAAUCUGUGGCAUUAAUACUCUUUGUAGUUUUCUAGAUUAGUGAAAUGUUAAAGGAACAUUAAUACAGAUACAAUCUCCAAUGUACAACUGCAUAAGCAAUUGUAUAAAUGGGAUAUUAAAAAUCCUCCAGAAGUCUGAUAAGUAAAACAGGCUUAUUACUAUGUAUAAUGCACUGAAAAUUACAUAAUCAA